AUGUCUGCUGCCGAUAUCGAAACCAAGCCUGAGGCCCUCAAGGCCGAGGAGUCUGUUCCUCAAUCUGAGAUCACCGAGGAGUCCACUAAAACUAAGCCCGACUCCGAGGAGACCGAGGCCAAGGACGAAAGAAAGGACGAGGAGAACGACGAAGUCAAGGAGGAUGACUCUGCCGAGGCAGCCGACGACUCAGACAAGAAGAGAGAGGCCGAGGACGCCGCCGAAGGCCAAAAGAAGAAGAGACACAGAAAGAGACGCCAGGAUGCUCUUCCUGAGGAGGCUCCUGAGUCUGGUGACGACAAGGAGGAGGGUGACGACGACAAGGCCGACGAGAAGGAGGAUGAUGAGGAGGAGGAGGGUGACUUGGUCGAGAUCGACGAGGCCAACAUCAUUACCACUGGCAGAAGAACCAGAGGUAAGAGAGUGGACUACACCAAGGAUGCCGAGGACGUGCCUGAGGACGAGGACGAGGAGGACGUCGAGUUUGAGACCAAGGAGGAGGUCGACGACGUUGCUGAGGAGGACGGUGCCGAGUAA